CUUACUAGUAUUGCGCAGUUGUCAUGAACCGAACAUAAUGGCUUCCUUGCCAAAUCCCUGCCCCCCCUCACAAUGGAAUUUCAAACGGCAGACCCGGAUACCCAAAUAGAGGUAGACCUGAUGAUACUGGAUUAUCUUUUGUGUGUCACCAUUGACCUAGUCCUGUGCUCUGGAAAAGCCAAGACCGAGGGACAGCAGACCCGUGACUGGGACGUCAGUUGGAACCUCAACACCAUCGACACUAUUAGGGCUGCACUCCUACACGCACACCUAUUCUCUCAGGAUAUACAUAUCAAGAUCCAGAUUCUAGAAUUUGCACAGAUAUUUAGUGAUGACCACAGGCUCUUGGAACAGAGUAGAGCGCCGGCUACCACCGAACUGCCGCAAGAAAUCCAGCGCACAACUAACCGGGUCGAGUAUCCCGUAACAGAAGCCCGAAGACGCUCAUCAUUCCUGCGUCGGCCCCCCAGGGACGACGAACCCUACAUUAGCAAUGGCUGGCCCCUAGUAUUGAACAGGUCCUAUGACUUGUUGGAAAGAUUCAUCACACUAUGCCAUGCCUCGAAAAAUAGAUUGCCAGAGGGACACGCUGAUAUUGCUACAAAAUUAAUAAUGCAAGCUGCAUUGAGCGAGUGCCGCACGAUUGGUAACCGAUCACGGGAUGGGUAUAGGGAAUGUGUACACCGUGUCAUUGAGCGCCUGCGCAAAACUUCAAAUUCCGGAAUAAGCCAGGCAAACACCGAAUACCUGAGUUACAUUCGGUUGCCCAUCGAUCCUCCACCCGAUGGGACGAGAGAAGCUCCGCAAAGAAUAUCACACAUAAAUGGCAUGGCUCCUGCAGUACAUGUUUUCCUCACCAAUCUGAUGAAAACGCUAAACCCACCAAUACUCUUACAACUGGAAAGGGGAAAACUUGGUGGACUGAGCCGUGAAGAGACCCAGCAAUUGAAAGACAAGGUUGGACUUUAACGGCAGACGACGGCUCGACAUGUAUGUACAUGGUGAUUCGUGUUUGAAGAUGAAGGUUGUAUAUUUGGUAUAGAAUGCAAUCGACACCAGUUGAAAUUUGUAAUGUAAG